GAUCCGAUUAACUUGUACAAUCGCGUUAAGCGCUACAAACGGAUAUUAUCUGAGGAGACCUCCCAAAUGUUGCGGGUUAAUUAUGAAAUUGAAGCACCCGAACCUGUUGACACAUUUGUCCUCAACAUGAAACUGUUGCAACUCCGGAAGGAAAUUAGGAAUUUCUCACGGAUCACAGAGCCCCUUUUUCAAUUGGAAGAAACGUUGUUUGACACCAUUUACGGCAGGAACCGUCGUUCAAGAUGUAGAACGAAUGAUGUCGUCGCAUCCAUAAACAAUCUGACCCACAUGAUAAAGAGCGAACUGGUCAGUUUAAACUGCCAUAUAUCCGAAUGCAUACGAUGGCUGCGACGUAAAUCCGCGAGUAAUGAUGGUUUGUAUUUCCAG